AUGGCCAAGGUGUUGGUGUAUAACGGCGCGCACGCGGGCGCUGCACACUCGCUCGUCGGUGUAUUUCGCCAGGCAACGGGUGGCCAUUAUGAUGUACAGGCGGUUACGCUCGAGGCGCUGCAUGCUGCGCCCUGGGAGGCUUCCACCUGCAUGAUCGUGCUGGGCCCCAUCGAUGCGUCCGAUGCCCUUUGGCAGCCGUCAGAUGCGAGCCGCGCUGCUCUGGCGAAAAUACUAGGGGAGGCUGCGAAUCACCUCUGCUUGGUCCUCGAGGCCAGCGGCGCCUCGAGCGCCGGGGCAGCCGUGACCGUCCCUCACGGUCAGGGGCACCUGCUCUUGUUCCGGACAGCGAACCCUAGCGCGGGGGAUCUCGUGCCUUUUUUGCGGUCCUUGAAGAUUCACUGCGGCACACAGGACGCGCCCGCACAGCAGCUGUCGCCGCUGUAUGUGACAGCGCUGGCGGCACCCCUGCUCGAUACAUGGCUCCAGCACCUGCUUGCGCCAGCCUCGCGGACCGGCACUCCGCCCACUUGGCUGAAAGAGGCGCCUACGGCACUUGCCGUUUGGGAGACGAUACCGGCUGCGUCGGUCCUGGAGGCAUGGGACGCGACAGACGCGCUCGCUGUUGUGGCGGUGCGACCGUCCGAGUGGGCCGACGUUGCGCCCCGGACGCCCCACUUCCGAAUGGACAUCUACUACGAAGCUCUCAGCGCGGCCCGGGCGCGGUCCUCUGUACUGCCGUGGCCGUCGCCCCGGUCCUUCCAAGUGUCGGUGGGGAAUCUCCUUGUGUACGGCGAGCGGGUCUCGAGCACACAGACCCUGCUCGAAUCGGACCGUCACCUGCUUCGCGCCUGCCCGUCCGGCACCACGGUGAUUGCGACACACCAGGUGCGCGGCCGUGGCCGGGCGCACAAUGCAUGGCUUUCGCCGCUGGGCUGCCUGCCUUUCUCCACGACCGUGCACUUGCCUCUGCACAUCGGCAACAAGGCCGUGUUUCUGCAGUACCUAGCGGCGCUGGCCAUCGUAUACGGACUGGAAGCAGCCUAUCCUGCGAUCCAGGGACGCGUGCGUAUAAAGUGGCCCAACGACAUUUAUGCCCAGGUGCCCACCGCGCAGCUCGGGAGUGUGUGUCUCGCAGCAGACGGCCAGCCUCGGCACUUUGUCAAGAUCGGCGGCAUUCUCGUCACGGCCGUAUGUGAGGGCGAUACUUUCUAUGCAAUCGUCGGCUGCGGCGUCAACUGCCUCAAUGACGAGCCGACUACGAGCAUCCAGGAGCUGGCGGCCCAAGCUGGCAGCACCGGCGUCUUGCUCGAGUCGUGCGCUGGCGCGAUCCAUGCCGCGCUCGAGUCCUUGCUGCGUGUGUGGGCCGACCAUGCGCACUCGUUUGCACCGUUCGUGCCGGCGUACCGCCGCGCAUGGCUGCAUUCAGAUCAGGUGGUGACGCUCGUCGGUGCGCCUGGGCCGCCCAGGCGCAUCGUAGGUGUCACAAGCGAGCACGGGCUCUUGCGCACCGUCCCUGUGGACGCAGCGGUGCAUGCGUCCGACGCACAUGCGUGGCUCGCUCCGACGGUGCCCGGCGCCGUGGAUGUGCAGCCGGACGGCAACUCGUUCGACUUACUCGCGGGGUGCGUGCGACCUAAGAACUAA